UCUCUCUCUUACCUUUAACAACUGUGUAUAUUUUCCUACUUUUAUGAAAAAUUAUAUAUAUGUAAGAGAUAUAUCUCCUUUCCUCUCCUCUCCUCUCACCCAAGCCUCUAGCUAAGAAAUUCCAUUUCUUGUGAUUAUUUGUUUAAAAGGAGUGGAAUAAUAAAGAAAGAGAGAGACCUUUGGGAGAGAGAGAGAGAUAAAGUGAGGGGAGAAUGAGAUUGAGGAGGAGCAUACCUUCUCUUUUCGUUUAUGCAUUAUAUGCUUCCUCUCAUUAGAUCUUGGAUUUUACCCAAUCUCUUUCUAUUUCUUCCCAUCCUCACUCCUCCAACCUUAAUCAUUGUUGUUAUGUUUUUCUCUGAUUCAUCUCCUAUUCUGAAAUUUCUGGUUUGAAUCUCAAUUUUCAUGAAUGAAGGAUCCAAUGAUUUUACAUUGAUUCCUGCAUUUCGUUUGAUCACUGAACGCUUCCUUGUUUCCUGCCUCAUUUUCUGGAUAAGGAUCAAUGACACCACUUUGAUUCCAUUGUACAAAAUUGAAUUGUCCCCCAAUUUGAGAUUUUCUCAGUGGAUCGGAUAGUUGAACUUUAAGUCUGUGUCAACUCAAUUCACUGAAGAAAAACAAUGGAAAUGGAUAAUCAGGGCAAGCUCUUCAUCGGCGGGAUAUCUUGGGACACCAAUGAGGAUCGCCUCAAGGAAUAUUUCGGAGCAUACGGCGAAGUAGUCGAGGCAGUUAUCAUGCGUGACCGGAGCACAGGCCGUGCACGUGGCUUCGGCUUUGUCGUCUUCGCCAGCCCUACUGAUGCCGAGCGAGUGGUCAAGGAGAAGCACACGAUUGAUGGCCGAACCGUGGAAGCAAAGAAAGCAGUCCCUAGGGAUGACCGAAUUCAAGGAUCAUCAGGGCCCGGCCGAACGAAGAAGAUCUUCGUGGGUGGACUAGCGUCCACAGUGACCGAGGCCGACUUCAAAGGCUACUUUGACCAGUUCGGAACUAUAACGGAUGUUGUGGUGAUGUACGACCACAACACCCAACGGCCGAGAGGGUUCGGUUUCAUAACGUACGACUCGGAGGACUCGGUCGACCGUGUCCUCCACAAGACCUUCCACGAGCUCAACGGCAAGACGGUCGAAGUCAAACGGGCCGUCCCCAAGGAGCUCUCCCCUGGCCCGGCCCGAAGCCCGCUCGUCGACUACAACUAUGGCUUGGGCCGCGCGGCGGCUGCCUCUUUCUACAACAUGGGCUCGAUUGGGAUUAGAAUGGACGGAAGGUACAGCCCGUUGGGUAGUCAGGAUUACAAUUAUGGGAGAAGCCAAGAAAGGUACAACUCGCCUAUAGGGUACAACUCGAGCGGGAGCAGGGGGUAUUCCUUCCUCAGCCCGCCUUCGAGAAAUGUUUGGGGAAAUGCCGGUAAUAGUGGGUUUGGAGUGUUUGGGGCCAAUUGGGGGGAUUCCCCGGGAGGCUCGGCUGGUGAGAACAGCUAUGGCUUAUUGGGGACGAGAGGGUUUGGGAGGAAUAAUGGUGCAUCCUCAUUUGUUGGGUCUGGUGGAGAUUACGAGGGGUAUUAUGGGGAUUUUUUUUACCGAGGUGGGUCCGUGUAUGGGGACACCACCUGGAAGAAUCAGGACAAUUCUGGCUCAUUUGGUUAUGGUCUUUGGGGCUCAGAGGAUGUUGGUGGGAAAUAUUCUGAGGAUUAUGUGGUGGGAUAUGAUAUCACAAAUAGGCAAUCUAGUAGAGGUAAUCUUUUGAGCUGAAGAUUUAAUAUUCUCGUCAUAUGUUAAGUGAAGGAGAUGUUGCCUAGUUAAAUUCCAUUGGGUUCAUUAGUUUGUUGUUUGAUUAACCAAGGAAGUUGGAGACAUAAAAAGUGUAUCUGUAGUUGUUUGUGCUUAGCUGAAAGAUCAUACAAGUUGUUACAUUAGCUUUUGUCAGUUCAGGACGUAUUGAACGUAUUUGCUGUAGUCAUUUUACUCUGUACUGCUAUUCUUCUUGCCAUUCCUGAGAUCCUAUUGAAGAGAGCUACUGUCGACCCUAGGAAAAGUCUCACAUGCUGCAGACAUCAGAAUGAGCAUACAUGUGUAACGUAUUAAUUUACAGUGUUGAAGUAAACAUGCUAAGUGUAUUAUGAGUGACUCGGGACCAUUUAUUGAGAUGUGUUCGAAGAAAAGAAAACCAGUACUUGCUAAUU